AUGCCCGGCCUGCCGCGCGUCUAUCGCGAGGCGGCGGCCUCCUACGGCUACGUCCUCCUGUGGAUGACCGUCUCCGCCACCGUCAUCCUCUUCAACAAGUGGCUCCUAGCAUUCUCGGGCUUCCCCUUCCCCAUCUCCCUCACCCUCUGGCACAUGACCUUCUGCUCGGCGGUGGGCUUCGCCUUCGUGCGAGUCCUGGGCGUCGUCCCCAGCCACGGGCUGUCGGCGGUCGAAUACUGCCGGCGGGUGAUGCCGAUCGGCGCCCUGUACGCCGGCAGCCUGUGGCUGUCCAACACGGCGUACCUGCACCUGUCGGUGUCCUUCGUGCAGAUGACGAAGAGCCUGAUGCCGGCGCUGGUCUUUGCGGCGGGCACGGUGCUGGGCACGGAGAGGUUCUCCUGGCCAGUGGCGGGGAACAUGGCGCUCAUCGCGGGCGGCGUGGUGGUGUGCGGCCUGGGAGAGGUGGACCUGGUGGCCACGGGAUUGCUGCAACAGCUGGCGGCCCUCCUGCUCGAGGCCAUGCGCCUGACCCUGGUCCAGGUGCUCAUGACCUCCAGCGGCUACGCCAUGAAUCCCCUGCAGAGCCUGUACUACGUCUCUCCCGCCUGCCUGGCCUGCCUGCUGCUGCCCUUCUUGCGCCUGGAGCUCCCCGAGCUCCUGCUCAGGCUGGCGGACCCGGAACUACGGAUAAGCGCGCCAGUGCUGGUGGCAAACGCCGCGGCCGCCCUAGCCCUAAACUUGGCCGUGUUCCUGCUCAUAGGAAAGACGUCCGCCCUCACCAUGAACAUUGCGGGCCUGGUGAAGGACUGGGCGCUGGUGUUCCUGUCCAACACGCUGUUCGGGGCGCCCCUCACGGCCACGAACAUGGCGGGCUACGUGUUCUGCUGCGCCGGUGUGGGCGUGUACAACUACCAGAAGCUUCAGGUGCUGAGGAAGCGGGUGGCGUCUGAUGGGGGCAACGAAGAUGUAGAGUCCGGGAAGGGACGCCGUCGAGUGGGGAUCAAGUGA